AUGCAGACGCCCUGGAAGGUGGGGCAGUCGGGAUCUGGAACAGUCACUGCUUCACUCACAGAGGUCGUCAAACAAUGCGGGAAGACGAAACAGUGGAGUGAGGCAUUAAGACUGUUUCGAGACGUUUCGAGAUCGCGCGCGCAGUUAUGCACCAUAUUCUACAAUGUUGUCAUCAACGCAUGUGGGAAGGGCAAGCAGUGGCAGAAAGCUAUGCUGCUGCUCAGCGAGAUUUGGGGCGCGGAUUUAGAGCCGAGCACCGUCAGUUACAAUUCUGGAAUUAGCGCUUGCGAGAAAGGCGGGCAAUGGCAGCACGCAUUGUAUUUGCUCGGUGAGUUGGCAGGAUCGAAGUUGGAGCCAAACGUGGUCCCUACAAUGCGGGGAUCAGCGCCUGCGAGAAGGGGAAGCAGUGGGAGCACGCGUUGUCGCUGCUCAGAGAACUGGGGCGGGCCAGGCUGGAGCAGGACGUGGUCAGCUGCAGUGCUGGGAUCAGCGCCUGCGGGAAGGCCGGGCAGUGGCAGCAUGCGCUGGCACUUCUCGUCGAGAUGUGGCUGGCGACGCUGGAGCCAGAUGCCUCAGCUACAAUGCCGGGAUCAGCGCGUGCGAGAAGGGCGGCCAGUGGCAGCAGGCGCUGUCGCUGCUUGGCGAGCUGCGAGGAGCGAGGUUGGAGCCUGA